AAAAGACUUUCGAGUUUGGAGUCAUUUAUAGUUCAUCUUCUCUCUCAUUGACCCAUCUCCAUCCAUCUGAGAACUCUCGUCCCUCUCACUUCCUCACAGCCUCUGUGUUCUCAACUCAGAGGAGGGCCAACAUGAGGGUAAAGGUUUCUCCUUUGGCCCUUCUUCUCGUCGUUGGAGCUCUUAUGGCUUGCUGUCCUACAAUGGAAGCUGCCGCAUCCAAUUUUUCUUUCCAGGAUAACUUCGAUAUAAUGUGGAAUGCGAGUCAUUUCAAGACCUCUGAAGAUGGGAAGAUCUGGUACCUCUCCCUCGACAAUAGUACAGGUUGUGGGUUUCAAACAAAACAGAGAUACAUAUUUGGGUGGUUCAGUAUGAAGAUCAAGCUUGUUGGAGGCGACUCUGCCGGUGUUGUGACAGCCUAUUAUAUGUGCUCGGAUUUGGGAGCAGGGCCAACGAGGGACGAGUUAGAUUUCGAAUUCUUAGGGAAUACAACAGGGGAACCCUACUUGAUACAGACGAACGUUUACAAAGAUGGAGUUGGGAAUCGUGAGAUGAGGCAUAUGCUCUGGUUCGAUCCAACUGAGGACUUCCAUUCCUAUUCCAUUCUCUGGAACUCUCAUCAGAUUGUGUUCUUCGUUGAUGCUGUGGCGAUAAGGGUUUUCAAGAAUUCAGAUUCAUUAAACAACACUUUCUUCCCUGACGCGAAGCCCAUGUACAUCUUUUCCAGUGUCUGGAACGCCGAUGACUGGGCAACCAGAGGUGGGUUGGAGAAGACGAAUUGGACAUUGGCUCCAUUCGUGUCCACAUACACAGAUUUCAAUGUCGAUAGUUGUCAAUGGCAAGACCCAUACCCUGCUUGUGUCUCCACUACCACACAGCAAUGGUGGGAUCAAUACGAUGCUUGGCAUCUGUCUGACUCUCAGAAGACAGAUUACGCUUGGGUUCUCAGAAAUCUCGUCAUCUAUGAUUACUGCCAAGACACAAAGAGGUUCCCAACCUUGCCGCCGGAGUGUUCUUUGAGUCCAUGGUCUUAGAAAUUCAAAAUUUUCUUCCAUUAUCGCCAUUAAUUUACAAUUCAUCAUUCAUUCUUUUUCUUCUCAGAUCGAUUUUGAAAUUAUAAUAUGUAUUUGUCAUUCUUAGCAUUACU